AUGCGGUCGCUUUUAUUCCUGUCCUUCAUCGCCCUUGUGCUGUGUGCAGCAGUGUCUGCGCAGGGUCCAGUGGGUGAUGAAUCUCAAAAUGGCGGCUCUAUUGACGCGAGGUCUGUGAAUGGCGCUUCUGCAGGUGGGGAGUCUCCUCAGGAUGACGUGUCUACAGCUGAUGGAGAAGACCCACGUUCUGACCAAGCGUCUCCGUCUGCUGUGAGAGAAGCACGCCUCCUCAGUGCCAUUCGGGAUUAUGAAGGAAAACUGCAAGCCCUGAAUGAAAACAACGACCCGAAUGGGCUAAAGGCGCAACGACUUCUUGGAAAGAUUAACGGCCUGAGAAUUAAAUUACAGCAAGAGCGUAACAGACAAACUAAUCGUGAACAAAAGCAGGCUGAGCACGAGCAAAAGAAAGCUGAUCGUGAACAAAAGCAGGCUGAGCGCGAGCAAAAGAAAGCUGAUCGUGAACAAAGACAAAACGAACGUGAACAAAAGCGAAAUGAACGUCGAGAAAAACGAAUUGAGAAUCUGGUUGAGAGACAUGAAAACCUUACAGAUAAGCUGGAGAGUGCCCCUGAGCAAGCUGAGAUGAGAGAGCAAAGACUUCAAGAACAAAAAAACAAACUUGCAGAAAAAAUCGACCAACAUCUUGAAGAGUUUGGAGAUCAAAAUGGGGAACAGCCAAAUUCCGACCAGCCUGCUCCCUCGGACUUUGAGGUUCGUCUGAAUCAGGCCAUUGAAGAUCUGGUAAGUGUGUUUGUUUGUUUGUUUGUUUGUUUGUUUGUUUGUUUGGUUUAAGCCUCUUGUCGCAACG